GGUAAAUAAAAUACAAUAAAAGAAAAAAUAAACACACAAAUAUUUGCAAAUUUGCUAAAAAUUUUAAUGACGCAUAGUGUAAUUGUGUAAAGAUAUCCAAACGCAUAGGGUGCUGUGUCUUCGAAUCGGUCAGCUCCGAUGGACUGCGAGCUAGCUGAUCGGAACCCUAGAUUCUUUGUCGCCGUACACGUCGGCGCGGGAUACCACGCGCCGACGGAUGAGGAAGCACUUCGCUCAGCCAUGAAACGCGCCUGCCGCGCAGCGGCUUCCGUUCUCCAUGAGGGCGGCGGUAGAUGUAUGGAUGCAGUUGCGGCCGCAAUUCAAAUUUUGGAGGAUGAUCCUUGCACAAAUGCUGGACGAGGCUCGAAUUUAUCUGAGGACGGUCAGGUAGAAUGUGAUGCCAGUUUGAUGGAUGGUGACUCUGGAGUUUUUGGUGCUGUUGGGGCAGUGCAAGGUGUUAGAAAUCCCAUACAGGUUGCUCACCUGCUAGCAAAAGAACAGAUUUCGGGUUCAUCGCUUUUGGGCCGAAUCAGCCCUAUGUUUUUAGUUGGCGAGGGAGCCCGUAUUUGGGCAAAGUCCAGAGGUAUUGCUUCAGAUGACACUGCAGAAGAGGCUAACAAGUGGUUGGUGACUGAAAGAGCUCGAGAUCGGUGGAAGAGAUAUAAAACGAUGCUUGAUCAUGCCAAAGCCAUUAGCGAUGCAGCUAAAUCGGAGGCUGAUCUUUCCAACGUAAAGAAACAAGUCACUAAACCUUAUCCUCUGCACAAACUUGAUGAAGAUGGUGUAGCAGACACAGUCAGUGGUCGUGUGGGCUUAGCAGGAAUGUACGGUUCUGGUUGCUGGGCAUCUUCAAAAGGCCCUUUUGGAGAUUCUUCUAUCGUCGGUUGUUGUGUGAGUGGUGCCGGAGAGUACCUGAUGAAAGCUUUUGCUGCUAGAGAAUGUUGUGUGUCAGCCUCAUUGUCUCAGGCUGGGCCAAUCAGUGCCUGUGUCAAAGUUGUGAAGCCCCUUCUUGACAAUGUAAAAUGUGGCAGUGAAAAAAGUGCUGGAGUUUUACUUGUGCAAGCUGAUACUUGUUAUGUGGGUCCCGAUGCUCGUGCAAAGCUGAAAGCUGGCGAAAUUGCUGCUGCAUAUACUUCACCGUCUUUUGGAGUAGGUUAUUUUGGAAGCUCUAUGAAGCGACCAAAGGUAUCUAUUCUAAGGAGUAAGCGACCACAGAAUCGAAAUGGAGUUGAGCAGUUUGCUGCGCUUAUUAAUCUUGAUGCUUGAAGUCUUCAUCGUGAGUUACUUACAAAGAGACCAUCUUUUUUCCCAUAGCCAGUUAACAGCUUCUAUGUGAUCUGUUUAGUUCUUUGAUAUAAGAUAGACUAGUGCGUGACCCGUGCAAUGCACGGGAACACAAUAUUACGAUUGUAUUAUAAA